UGAAGGCAGCAUAAGAGUCCUGCCGUGACGUCAUGUGUGGAGCAGUUGAGUCAGUCAGCUGAGGGAGGAGGAACUCCGACAACAGAAAGUCAACCAGGAAACCGAAGCUGCUGAACUGACCCACCGCCUUGGUGUGACGGCCAAACGGCGGUAUUAACGAUAGGAAUCACAGUAUAACAGUACAGGAUUUGCCUUUGAUAUUUAAGGUGAUACAAAGCAGCGACAUGGCUUCCCUUUUCAAGAAGAAGACUGUGGAUGACAUAAUCAAGGAACAGUCUAAGGACCUGCGUGGCACUCAGAGGCAGAUCACCAGGGACAGAGCAGCGCUGGAGAAGCAAGAGAAACAAAUGGAGGCUGAAAUCAAGAAAAUGGCUAAGAGUGGCAACAAGGAGGCAUGUAAGAUUCUGGCCAAGCAGUUGGUCCAGCUGAGGAAGCAGAAGAACCGCACAUACGCCGUCAGCUCUAAGGUUACCUCCAUGUCUACGCAGACAAAAGUCAUGAACUCCCAAAUGAAGAUGGCCGGCGCCAUGUCUGCAACAGCCAAGACAAUGCAAGCAGUGAAUAAAAAAAUGGAUCCACAGAAGACACUGAAGACAAUGCAGGACUUCCAGAAGGAGAACAUGAAGAUGGGCAUGACCGAGGACAUGAUCAAUGACACUUUGGAUGAGAUCUUUGAUGGAUCGGACGAUGAAGAGGAAUCGCAGGACAUUGUCAACCAGGUUCUGGAUGAGAUUGGCAUUGAGAUCUCAGGAAAGAUGGUGAGAGCUCCAGCUGCAGGAAAGAGCCUCCCCAGCGCCGCCUCAUCCAAACAGGCCACCAUCUCUGACGACGAGAUCGAGAGACAGCUCCGAGCUCUGGGAGUGGACUAAUUGUCUUCUCUGUAUUAAUGUUCACAUUAUAAACCAUGUGCAACAUUAAUACGAAUUGAUACGGACUCUUUUAGACACAUUGGUUUUUGUUAGUGUUGAAAUGCUACAGGUGUGACAAAUGGUGCGCACACACACACACACACACACACACAUUAAGACAUUCAAAGGCAUGCAGGCAGACAUGUAUAUUAACACGCACAUACUCACACUUUUUUUGGCAGGUUGCCUUACUGAUCAUUAGGGGCAGAACGUCUGAUCUAUUUAUGCGAAAAUAAUAUUUAUUAUUAAACUGGAGUGGCCACAGCCUGAAGGUGGAUCAAUAAUAGAUGUUUGACCUUAAGAGCUCUUAACCACCUACGCUGUCGUUCCCCACCCAUCUAUGUCUUCAUAAGGGCUACAGUAUAUGAGACCAUGGGACUGGCUUUUACCCGUCUGAUGUUUUGGUAGAUCAGCUUUUACGUGGCUGAUGAUUGGAUUGUCUUUCUCCUGCAAGUUUUAAUGAGAAAAACAUGGUAAUUAAAAAGAGUUUAGGGGUUGUGGGUAACCAGAUGGAAAUCUAUACUUCCUACUCACACCAUUUACGCGAUUCACUUCCUCUGAGGCAAACUAUCCUCUACUCCAUGUGGAUGUUCUUCAUUGUGAUGUGGGUCAAAUAUCCUGUGGUGUCAGAAAUGGGACACAACUACCAUGCAAGUGAAAGGGAGAAAAAGCCUCAACAACUGAUCACUGUCUCCACACAAAUGGCGACAGUGGUCAACUAGCUAAUGAAUUAUCAUGUUUUUAAAAUCCUUAGGUACGCUACCAGUUACUGGAGGUGAUGUAACUCAGACAAACAUAUGCAUGUGAAAUGUAUAAGUGACUAGGGUGAGACCUUUACUUCAUCAUAAUGCAUGAGAUGGUGAGAUGGAUUGAUCAUUUAAUUUGCACCUCGGAAGAUGUGAUGCUGUACAGUUUGUGUGAGAAAACAUAAUCAAACACAAACUAGGACUAACGUAAGACUGGCGUAUUGAAGAGAUUUGAAUCGAUUGUUUGAUGCUACUGAGUAAUCAGUUCUUUUUACGAUUCUUGGUUGAUCUGAUUGUGUAUCUUAAAUUGGACAUGGGGUUAACAGUGAUUGUAGGAUGGUACUGGUCCUGCAGUCCCUCCUCUCUUUCAGCUGCUGUGCAGUUACUGUCAUAUGUUGUUUUAAGCUGCCUCGCUCACAAAAAUACACACACACACACACACACACACACGCUACAGCAACAAAGUGAUGGAAGUGUUUGCUAAAAUUACACUGUGAUCCAAGAGAUGUUUCUCUUCUUCAGAGCUGAAGCUGGCUCUUCUAUACAGUCAUAAAUCAGUGACAGGGAUAUAUUAAGUCUUUGUUUUUCUCCCUCUGACCUUUUGUUCCCACAUUGAUUUCCAUUGCCAAAAGAAAUUGAAAAUGUUUUCAUUCUUGCAUGCAUCUGACAUGUGCGAUACACAAUUCAUUGGCUUUUUGUAAAUCAUUCUUUCCUCUACCUUUUUAACAGUCUAUAGUUAGUGGAAACAAACACAUUUCCACACUUUUUAAAAGGCGUAUGUAUACUCCUCUUUAUUUGUUUGGUCAUUGUAAAGUGACUCUGUAAAGGGUUUAUGGCUUUUGUAAUGAAUAAAAUUUCUUCAGGUACAUGUUGAUGAA